AUGUCUUUGAGUGAAAGAAUUGAUUACAAAUUUGGUGAAAAUCGUUAUUAUUCAUCAAAUCAUUGGAUUUAUGAAAAAUGUUUCCUAACCGAUCCGAAGAUGAUUGGAAUUGUCUAUUUCAAAGAAUUCGAUUAUGCAAUUUAUUUAAAUCCAAAUGAUAAACGUGGUUAUCGUUCGAUCAUUCGUUUGAUCAAAAAUGACGAUAUGAAUUCGACAUUGAAUCGAUUUUAUUCUUCUUUUGAACGAAUUGGCCUUUCUUUAACAAUGUCAUUGGUUACUGAUGCUUAUUAUCAAAUUGUUCCCAUCGUACAGAGUGUUGUGGCUGGAAAUAAUGCUCAUUCAUUUGAUCAAGAAACUAAUCUGAUCGAACUGGGAAAUGCAGACGAACCGAAUUUUCUCCAUGGUCAUGUGUUCGGCCGAGGAAAUCCAAAGAGAAACUAUAUUGGAAAUGUUCCUUUAGAAGGUCCUUUUCCAGGAUCGAAUUUUGAUUUGAAAGGAGAAUUGGCAAAUGAAAAGAAAAUCCCUUGGAAAUUCGAAGACAUGGUACAAGUUGUUCAAAAAUCAAAAGAAGAAAUCGACCAAUUGAAAAAUAUUUAUGAAAAUUUCGGAUUAAGAAUCUUCACGGAAAAUCUUUCGUUUGAAAUUUAUUUAAUUCGACAUGGUGAAACUGAUUGGAAUAUCGAAAAGAAACUUCAAGGACAUACGGAUAUUCCAUUGAAUCAAAAUGGACUUUUACAAAGCGAGAAACUUAAAGAAAAACUAAAUGGAAUCAAUUUUUCUAAAAUCAUCUCAUCAGAUUUACAAAGAGCUCAUUCAACUGCUCAACGAAUUGACAAUUCAAAUCAACUAAUUGAAAAAUCAAUUCUACUCAGAGAAAAAUCGUUUGGUCAAUGGGAAGGAAAAUCGAUUGAAGAACUUCAUUCGUAUUUAAAACAAACAUUCGAUCUCGAUCAAUUUACGAAAGAAGAAUAUUUAUCUUUUAAAUGGAAUGAAGAUAUUGAAAGUUAUUCGGAUGUUUAUCGAAGAAUUUACCAGGUUAUUCGUUCAUUGAUUAUCUCUCAUUCAUCUGAUCUGAACAAUCCGGUAUUGUUUUCAACGCAUGGAGGAGUUCUAAGAACGAUUUUAUAUCAUUUUGAUUACCAACAAGGAUUUCGAUGGAAAGUAUCGAAUUGUGNAGAAUUAUCCACUGACAAAUGGCUAAUCGAUCUGAUUCCUAAAAAGACCUCUGUAUCCUAUUCAUUCCAGUUCUAG